CCAGAAUGCCCCCCUUUGUCUCCUGCCUCCCUGGGUCUCUUCUGCUCUGGGCGCUGCUGCUGUUGUUCUUGGGGCCAGCGUCUCCCCAGGAUUCCGAAGAGCCAGACAGCUACACGGAAUGCACGGAUGGCUAUGAGUGGGACCCAGACAGCCAGCACUGCCGGGAUGUCAACGAGUGUCUGACCAUCCCUGAGGCCUGCAAGGGCGAGAUGAAAUGCAUCAACCACUACGGGGGCUACUUGUGCCUGCCACGCUCGGCUGCCGUCAUCAAUGACCUACAUGGAGAGGGUCCCCCACCACCAGUGCCCCCGGCUCAGCACCCCAACCCCUGCCCACCAGGCUAUGAGCCCGACGAUCAGGAGAGCUGUGUGGAUGUGGACGAGUGUGCCCAGGCUCUGCACGACUGUCGCCCCAGCCAGGACUGCCAUAACUUGCCUGGUUCCUACCAGUGUACCUGUCCCGACGGCUACCGCAAGGUCGGGCCCGAAUGUGUGGACAUAGAUGAGUGCCGCUACCGCUACUGCCAGCACCGCUGCGUGAACCUGCCCGGUUCCUUUCGCUGCCAGUGCGAGCCGGGCUUCCAGCUGGGGCCCAACAACCGCUCCUGUGUGGAUGUGAACGAGUGUGACAUGGGGGCCCCCUGUGAGCAACGCUGCUUCAACUCCUACGGGACCUUUUUGUGUCGCUGCCACCAGGGCUACGAGCUGCAUCGGGAUGGCUUCUCCUGCAGUGAUAUUGAUGAGUGUAGCUAUUCUAGUUACCUCUGCCAGUACCGCUGUGUCAACGAGCCAGGCCGCUUCUCCUGUCAGUGCCCACAGGGCUACCAGCUGCUGGCCACACGCCUCUGCCAAGACGUUGAUGAGUGUGAGUCUGGUGCACACCAGUGCUCUGAGGCCCAAACCUGUGUCAACUUCCAUGGGGGCUACCGCUGUGUGGACACCAACCGCUGUGUGGAGCCCUAUGUCCAGGUGUCUGACAACCGCUGCCUCUGUCCAGCCUCCAACCCCCUGUGUCGAGAGCAGCCUUCGUCCAUCGUGCACCGCUACAUGACCAUCACCUCGGAGAGGAGUGUGCCCGCUGACGUGUUCCAGAUCCAGGCGACCUCGGUCUACCCGGGCGCCUACAAUGCCUUUCAGAUCCGCGCUGGAAACUCACAAGGGGACUUCUACAUAAGGCAAAUCAACAAUGUCAGCGCCAUGCUGGUCCUCGCCCGGCCAGUGACGGGCCCCCGGGAGUACGUGCUAGACCUGGAGAUGGUCACCAUGAACUCCCUCAUGAGCUACCGGGCCAGCUCUGUACUGAGACUCACCGUCUUCGUGGGGCCCUACACCUUCUGAGGAGGGGGGCCCUCCCUGCAUCCCCCCAUAGCUGAGGAGCCUGGGCUUAGGGAUGUCUGUGUCCUGCUCAAAGGGAAGACUUGUGAAGGGCAGAAAGAAAGGCAAUAAAGAGAGAAAGGAGGAGUCCUGGUGGCUGAGGUGGGCGGGUCACUGCAGCAAGCCUCCGGCUGGGGAAGGACCAGCCUCGUGGGAGGCGGGCCACAUCCAAAAGGGGCUCUGAGCUCAGGCCGAGGGGGCCCCAUGGUUGGGGGCUGGGAGCCACAUCCCACGGGCUUCCAAGUCACCCUGAGAGGGGCGAAGGUGAUGAGUUGUGCAGACUCCAGGCCCCAGCCCAGAGAUUUGGACUUGGCUGGUUUGCAGGGCUCCUGAGAAACCCCUCUGGGUAGCACCACAAGGCCCUGCAUGUAUUUGGAUGAGCCCUCGUAGCUCCCGGGCCUGUUUUCCAAUCUAUAAAGUGGGACAACUGGA